AUGCCUUCUUCCAUGCCCACCAGCACCACUGCUGAUGCAUGCCAGCGCGACUGUUGCCAUGGGGGAAGCAAUGUGGGGUGUGGGCGGUCACGGCAUGGCGCAGGCGAGCAGGGCAUGAAGGUGUGUGCGGUAUGUGCUGUCAGGUGUGCGGUAUGUGUGCUGUCAGAUGUGCUGUAUGCGCGUGCAGAUGUGUUGUAUGCCAGGGAGGUGGGCAGGGGGCGGACGAGGGGAGGGGGACAGCGAGCGGGGAAGGAGGGCGAUGCUAUGGGGGAGGCAAGGGGGAAGGGUGCUGCUGGUGGUGCCGCUGCAGGUGCUGCUGCUGGUGCUGCUGCAGGUAGGAUGGGAGGAGGAGGAGGGUGGAGGAGGAGGGCGAUGCUAUGGGGGAGGCAAGGGGGAAGGGUGCUGCUGGUGGUGCCGCUGCAGGUGCUGCUGCAGAUCUGGGCGGGCGGAGUGCAGAUCUGGGCGGGCGGAGUGCAGAUCUGGGCGGGCGAAGUGCAGAUCUGGGCGGGCGGAGUGCAGAUCUGGGCGGGCGGAGUGCAGAUCUGGCUGUCCAAGUACCAGGACCCAGCGUGCUUCACGUACAACCUGAACCACGUGGUGCUGCUGGUGGGGUACCGCCUGGUGGGGAAGGACCCGCGCUUCCCCCACAUGGCGCCACCUUACUGGAUCAUCCGCAACUCGUGGGGGCCUGACUGGGGCGAUGGGGGCCACAUGCGCAUGGACAUCCAGGGGGGGGAUGGCGUGUGCGGUAUCAACACGCUGCCGGGAAUUUACCCAAUUGUCAGAGCGGUAUCGGACCCGUGCAACACAGCAGCGAGGAGCGAUGCCUCAGGGUCGCUCUUCAACCCGUGCGGCAGCUUCGCCUGUGUGGUGGACGGCAGCUCCAACCGCUGCAACUGCACCGACCCCCGGUUCAUUGAAGCCACCAAUGCUGAUGGCUCCCGCACCUGCGCCUAUGUGGACAUGUGUGGGGCGUUGGCCCGCAACCCGUGUGCGGUGGGCACGUGUGUGAAUGACGGGGCGGGGUCGUACUCGUGUGUGUGUCCACCGGGCUUCAGGCAGGGCACCACCGUCGAUGGCACCUUCUCCUGUGCUCCAGGAGACACGCGCUCACAGUACACGGUCCUGGCGCCCAACAUCUUCUGCUCAGACAUCUAUCCCGUCUACGGCCUCACCCGUAACGACUUCUCCAAGCUCAAUCCCACUGUGAGCUGUAUCGAGCCCUUGCCCAUAGGCCAGGUGCUCAAUGUCGUGUCCAAGUCCGGACUCGCCCCCUGCUCCGUCUACUACUCCACUGGCCCGGACGACACAUGCUACUCCAUAGGACAGUACUUCAACCUCAACAACUGCCGGGGCACAUUCUCCUGCACUACGGAAUUCCAGAGCCUCAACCCGGGGCUCAGCUGCUCCAACGGCGGCUCCGUGCAGCCGAACCAGGCGGUGUGUGUGGAACGGCGGGCAGGGGCGGCGGGGAAGGCGGGGCAGGUGAUACCGGUGUGCUCGCAGUACUACCUGGUGCAGACUGCCGAGACGUGCGAUGCCAUCCGCAGCGUGCCCUCCCCACCGCUCUCCCCGCUCGACUUCUUCCGCCUCAACCCCGGCAUCAAGUGCAACCGCCUCGUGCCGGACGCUGCUGGCCUCGACCUGCACACGGGCUUUGAGGCGUGCAUACAGGUGUCGGGUGAGUACACGGUGGGGAUCUGCCCAAAGAGCAAGGGGCUCACAGCAAGUGGGAGUGAGCGCUGCAGCUUCAUCCAGAUCAAAUACUUCCGGGGCAUUCGGGGGUGCUACAAGCGCAUCAACGGAUACGAGUGCAUCGAUAAAAUACCCUCAGGCGCCAAAAUUUGCCUGCCAGACCAAACCAGGAUUCGCCAAGGAGUCUGCACAGUCUAG